GAAGACAUGCUGAACCCUUGCUGGAUAAGAGCUACAAAAUGUCAACUUCUGAUAACAAGUCUCUUCAGCAUGGUGCUGGGAUUUGGAGUCUCCAUAGCAGCUGUCCUAACAUGUUAUAGUCCUCAUUUCACACUGAUCCGGAAUGUCAUACAAGCGGGUAACACAUUCCGGAUGUUUCAGGACAUAACUUUCUACAGUGGGAUAUGCCUUAGCCUCGCUCUCAUCUCUGUAGGAUUCGUCUGCUUCUUUGCAGCUGGAAAGGAGUCGAAGUACCUGCUGGCAGUGGGAUUUGUAUGCUUUGCGGUGCUUUUCUGUGGCAUGAUUCAGGUUGGAUACUGGAGGUACUCCCAUGAUGAGCAGGUUGAAAAUGUAGUAAAAGACAUUUAUGAUUUCCUUUAUGAAGAUGUUCGACAAAACACCUCCAGCACCAUGAAAUGGGAACUACACAAAAUACAUGCUAUGUUUUCUUGCUGUGGAAAGAAGAAUUCUUCUGUGCAGCUUGGAAGAGUUGAAAUGGAAACCUGUUCUUCUGAAAUUUGGGAAACUGGAGAGGACUGCCUUCAUGUGACAGACAGAAUAAUCAAGAAGCAUAUUAAACUCAUCUCUGUCCUACUGCUCUGUAUCACUGGAUUCUCAGUAUACGGCAUGGUCCUUACUUCAUUUCUUUAUUUCCUCACACGUUUGAGAGCUGAAGGAAACUAUGGACUAACUUCAGAUGCCCUCUAACCAUGAAGUUAUUAAUGAUAUCUCAGUGAUCUGGUGAUGUGGCUUGGGACCCACUUAUUCUUUACAUUCUCUGGGAACACUGAUACUGAAAAACCACUGAUGGACACGUACCUUUUUUUUCUUAAGUGACCAGAAAAAAGACAAUUCUUAGACUUCAUACAGGAAAUUCAUUGUAUAUGGAAACACAGAUUCGACCAUUUGUAUCAUGCUAAGUUAUAAUCUAUUUAUGGAGGAUUCAAAAUAACUUGUACAACUGUAACAUAACCAUACCGUGAUGUGGACACUGCCCAUUUAUUUAACUUACAGCAGGAUUACAGAAUUAAUUUUGUUAGACUGCAGAUAUCAGAACGUCAUUGCAAUACUUUGUCUGAAUUUUGUAGUGCUGUUCAGACCUAAUGAAGUCAUAAAAGAUUGCUUCCCUUUUAAUGAUGUAAUGUUGCCUAGGAGUUUUGAAUACUCCAUUUACGGUUAGGUUUUGUUUCCAUUAGUGCAUAAUAAGCAAUAAAGUUAGUAACACCAUAAA